UUUUUUUAAAGUAAUGUUUAGUUCAACUUUAAAUUGUAAGUAACAAAAAAUAAAUAAUUUGGCAUAGAAGGUAUGCUGCACAAUGUGCAUUACAUCAUAACGCAUCGCAAUUCCUCCCCACUCGCCGGUUUCCCUUCUAAGGCAGUCUGAAGUUGCUUUGCUGGCAUCUGUUUUUUUUUUUUUUUUUUUUUUUUCCACAAAAAUAAAGUUGAGGCGAGCAGCACUGUCGAUUUAACUUUUCAACGCUCUUUGGCCUGUCUAGCGAGUAAAACUAGUUUGCAUGAUAAUAUGUGUUAUAAUGUAGGGUUUGACUGCAAUUACAAAAACUAAAGUGUGUUUUUGUUCGUGUGACUACAACGGGAUAAUUAGGACCAGAUGUUCAUGUUUGGCACUUCUCCGGGUAAUCCAGCACUACAGAUGGAUGAACACGCAGCCUUUCAUAUGUGUGUUAAUUGAGGUGGGCCACAUUGCUGAAUACCCAAUAACCUCCAAACCAGGAGCUCUGCGGAAUGCACCAAGCUGGCUCCUGGGUGUGACUUGGAAAUAUUCUUCAUCCCAGCCAAGACUCGCAUCUUGUAAUGGUUUUAACACCAAGCCUCCAAACCUACUUUACUCAGGCUCUGAAGGACCAUUAGAAAGUGGCUGCAGUGACCUCCUAAAUUCCUCAUUUAAAAAAAACAAAAAAAAUUCAGAUUCCACAGGUGGCGAAACCUGUCUUCUAUUUGCACAUGCUGUAAUUGGCCUAACUGUUUCUCAACGGCUGGGAAAGAGCAGUUUAUGAGACGUGUCCCAUCCGCUGGAGACCAUGAGAGUUCAUCUGAAAGGAGAUGUGAUCUGCACCGUUGUGAUUCUGACAGUGCUGUGCAUAAUACUGUACACCCAGUAUGGAUUCACAGCAAUGUGGGGAAUUCAGAACCUAAUCAAGGAAACGUCAAACACAAGAGUUCUUUUGGGAACCACAGCCAAGAGGCUAGAGGAGUUCGCAACUCCUCGGCUUCAUUCUGGACAGAUGUGCAAUUCUGAGCCAGUCGAUGAGGGUACAGUUCAGCCCACCAGGGCCCCGUCUUCAGCUCGUCCACCUUUCAACUUCAAGCAGUACCUGAGAAACAAGGACUGCCGUGACUUCAAACUCCUUCUGAACCAGCCCGGGAAGUGCGUGGGGGACACGUUCCUGCUGAUCGCCAUCAAGUCAGUGGCGGAGGAGUUCGAGAAGCGCGAGGUGGUGCGCAAGACCUGGGGAGCGGAAGGGCUUUUAAACGGAGUAAAGAUAAAGAUGGUCUUCUUACUGGGGGUUCCCAAGAAUCAAACAGUGUUUCCCGAGUGGGAGCUGCUUUUGAGGUACGAGAGCCGUGCGCACAGGGACAUCCUCCUGUGGGACUUCCAGGAUACUUUCUUCAACCUGACCUUGAAGGAGAUCAACUUUUUAAAAUGGCUGGACGUUUUUUGCCCCAGCGUGAAGUUCAUCUUCAAAGGCGAUGCUGAUGUCUACGUCAACGUCGAUAACAUUGUGGAGCUCCUGAAGGAGCGCAGCCCCGGCGAAGACGUCUUCAUUGGCGACGUCAUCUAUCAGGCUCAGCCUAUCAGGUCAAAGAAGAGCAAGUACUUCAUCCCAGAGACGGUGUACGGACAGGGGAUUUACCCAGCCUACGCAGGCGGAGGCGGCUUCAUCAUGUCUGGCUUCACCGCUAAGAGACUGGAGCGAGCUUGCAGAGAGGUGGAACUAUUCCCGAUUGACGACGUCUUCAUGGGAAUGUGUCUGCUCCGGAUUGGCCUAAAACCAGAUUCUCACGAGGGUUUCAGGACUUUCGGGAUAGUCAGGCCCUCAGCUGCCCCCCAUCUCAAAGUCUUUGAUCCAUGUUUUUACAGGGAGCUCAUGGUGGUCCACAGCCUCACCGUGGCAGAAAUGUGGCUCAUGUGGAAACUGCUUCACGACCCGGAGGUGCAGUGCAAUACCAAAGUGGUUGUGAGGAAGCAGUUCAAAUGGACGAAGAAACAGCAAAAACAAAAAGAGGACCUUGGAUUGAAACUGUCCUGAGAGGUUUCACUGCCAUUUUCAGCAUGCGUAUAACCUGUGAAAUACAGGAAAUCAUAUCGUCAAGCAGAACAUGCACAUUAUCAUUCCACUGUCUUUAUACUCCGAUAUAUAAGUAUAAGGGCAUUUUCUUAAAAUGUUUAAUAGACUUUUGAAAAUUGUUUUCUACUGUGUAGCCACUGUACCUCUUUUGCAGGUUUGCCAUAAAAACAAUUACAACCAUAAAACCGAACAAGCAAACAGUGAUGUCUGAUAUGAACUAGCUUCUUGGAUCAAUAUUUUGCAUGCAACAUGUAUGGGGCAUACAGUUCUGCUUCACGUAUGUUCCCUUGUUACGAUGCUACCGUGCUUAACAGCAAACACCCACCAAUGUUAUUCUUUUCUGUAAAUGCAAAUCAAGUUCACAAUAAUGUAAAAUUGGGAAGCAAAUAUCACCUCGAUUUGAUAGUAAAUUGAUCCACAAUCUGAUGUAUUUAUGUAAGCAGACA